AGGCGGCGGUUGUUGUUGCCGCCUGCUUCCAAUGAGCUCAUCCCGCUGGCUGCCUGCGGAGGAGCCCCGCUCGGGACACACCGAGGGCCAGGCAGAGGCGCCCGAGGGGGCAGAGGGGCUGAGGAGGCGGCCCCCGCGGGGAAGGGAGGAGCCCGGCUCCGCCGCUUCCUGCCCCGCCGCGGCUCCGCGCCUGGGGCCCCGGCCUGGGCAGGGGAGGAGGAAACCUGAGGGGGCUCCUGGCGCUUAACAGCAGGGCGCUCUGCUAACAGGAGCAAUAUUAAAAUGUUAAAAGCGGUAUUAAAAAAGAGCCGAGAAGGUGCAAAGGGGAGCAAAAAAGAAUCAGCAGGUGACUCCUGCCCAGAGAAUGCACUGCACAUUAUUGCGACACCUGGCUACAGUGCAGAUUCUCCCACUGGUAAUCAGCAUGUACCUGAGGAUAUGUAUAGACUAAACUUGACUAAAGGCGUCUCAAUGUCUUUGCCAUCGUCACCUUUGCUGCCACGCCAGUCUUUCUUGAUGCAAACAAGAGCAAACAAAAAAUCCCCAGGUCCGAUCAGGAAGCCCAAGUACGUGGAAAGUCCCAGAGUGCCAGGAGAUGUGGUUGUUGUACCAUCGAGAAAAGUAUCAGAGCCAACAGAACCCAAUCAAAAUGAAGGAAAGCCUGAUAAAGAAUCAAACUGUUCACCUGCAGCACAAGAACUGAUGACAAGAUUGGGAUUUUUACUGGGAGAAGGGAUCCCAACCUCUGGACACAUAAUUGUAGAAGAAAAAAAUGAAACCAUGUGCACAGUAACCAGUCAAGGAGUCAGUCCCUGCUCUACACUAACAAGCAGCACUACAUCACCCAGCACUGAUAGUCCCUGCUCAACUCUGAAUAGCUGUAUUGGCAAAACAGCAGCUAAUAAAAGUAGUCCCUGUGGGACCAUUAGCAGCCCUAGCUCCACACUGGAAAGCAAGGACAGUGGAAUUAUAGCAACCAUAACAAGUUCAUCUGAAAAUGAUGAUCGCAGCGGAUCCAGUUUGGAAUGGAGUAAGGAUGGGAGUCUCAGGGCUGGUGUACAUCAAGGAAUUAUUCAUGAUCGAAGGGCAGAUAAUUGUUCACCGGUUGCAGAAGAGGAGACAGUUGGGUCUGCAGAGAGUUUGUCUAAAGUGGAAGUGUGUACUGGAGAUGGGCCUGUUUCCUAUACACCAAGUUCUAGCUCUUUAAUAAUGCCUCGUCCCAACUCUGUUGCAGCAACAAGUUCAACCAAGUUAGAAGAUUUGAGCUAUUUGGAUGGACAAAGGAAUACUCCAUUACGCACCUCAAUUCGCUUACCUUGGCAUAACACUGCCGGAGGAAGAGUACAACAAGAAAUUAAAGCACGUUUUGUCCCCUAUAAGCCUCAAGACAUUUUGCUAAAGCCACUAUUGUUUGAAGUGCCAAGCAUAACAACAGACUCGGUGUUUGUCGGAAGAGAAUGGCUGUUUCAAAUGAUCGAAGAAGCCUUGAAGAAUCCAGAGCUGGAAGAAAACAGGGGAGCAGUUAUUAUUGGAAAUGUGGGAUUUGGAAAGACUGCUAUAAUUUCAAAGCUGGUGGCACUUAGCUGCCAUGGAAGUCGCAUGAGGCAAAUUGCUUCAAACAGCCCUAAUUCAUCCCCGAAAAGCAGUGACCCCUGUCAAGAGAUUCCCCUCACUAAAUUACCACCACCUGCUCCUUUCACAAAUGGUAACAAUACAGUGAAGAUUCUGAGUUGUCCUGGUACUCCUGAACAUCAAAAUCAAAUGGACAAAUCUGUGAGAUGUCUUGCUUCAAAGGUUGUUGCCUACCACUAUUGCCAAGCUGACAACACAUAUACAUGUCUUGUCCCAGAAUUUGUGCACAGUAUUGCAGCUUUACUUUGCCGGUCACAUCAGUUAACAGCAUACAGAGAUCUUCUGAUAAAAGAGCCUCAGCUACAAAGUAUGCUUAGCCUUAGGUCCUGUGUCCAAGAUCCAGCAGCAGCUUUUAAAAGAGGAGUGUUGGAACCACUUGCAAACCUCAGAAAAGAGCAGAGAAUUCCAGAGGAAGAAUACAUCAUUUUGAUAGAUGGUUUAAAUGAGGCUGAAUUCCACAAACCUGAUUAUGGUGACACACUUUCUUCAUUUAUCACAAACAUUAUCUCUAAAUUUCCUUCCUGGUUGAAGCUGAUUGUGACUGUAAGAACUAACUUUCAGGAAAAUACGAGUUCACUACCCUUUUUCAAAAUAUCCCUAGAUGACUUCCCAGAUAACAAAGAAAUCCAUGGUGAUUUGAAUUCAUAUAUUCAAUACAGGAUCAAUAGCAGUCAGGAAAUAAUAAACAAUAUAGCUUUAAAUGGGAAAGCUGAUGCAGCCAUAAUCGGGAAAGUGAGUAACCACCUGAUCGUGAAGAGCUUGGGAUCUUAUCUCUAUUUGAAACUGACACUGGAUCUUUUUCAGAAAGGUCACUUAGUGAUAAAAAGUGCCAGCUACAAGGUAGUUCCUGUGUCUCUAUCAGAACUUUAUUUGCUCCAGUGCAACAUGAAGUUCAUGACCAACUCUGCUUUUGAGAGAGCACUGCCAGUGUUAAAUGUGGCUCUAGCAUCCCUUCAUCCCAUGACAGAUGACCAGAUUUUCCAAGCUAUUAAUGCUGGUCAAAUAAAUGGUGAACAGGACUGGGAAGACUUCCAACAGAGGAUGGAGGCCCUUUCGUAUUUCCUGAUAAAAAGGCGUGACAAAACACGUAUGUUCUGCCAUCCUUCCUUCAGGGAAUGGCUUGUUUGGAGAGCGGAUGGUGAAAAUACAAACUUCUUAUGUGAGCCAAGGAAUGGGCAUGCUCUACUGGCAUUCAUGUUUUCUCGGCAAGAGGGAAAAUUAAAUCGCCAGCAAACAAUGGAACUUGGUCAUCACAUUCUUAAAGCGCACAUUUUCAAGGGUCUGAGUAAAAAAACUGGAAUUUCUUCCAGUCACCUUCAAGCCCUGUGGAUUGGAUAUAGCACAGAUGGAUUGUCAGCUGCCCUUGCUUCUCUGAGAAAUCUCUAUACACCUAAUGUGAAGGUGAGUCGUCUGCUGAUCUUGGGGGGAGCAAAUGUGAAUUACAGGACUGAAGUUCUAAAUAAUGCUCCAAUACUGUGUGUUGAGUCUCACCUUGGACAUGAAGAAAUGGUCACUCUUCUGGUGGAAUUCGGAGCUGCUCUUGAUGGGACAUCUGAAAAUGGAAUGACUCCACUUAGCUAUGCAGCAGCUGCAGGUCACAUGAACUUGGUUUCAUUGCUCUGCAAAAAAGGUGCAAGGGCUGACUACCUAGACAAAAAAGGCCAAUGUGCUUUGGUCCAUAGUGCAUUAAGGGGACACUGUGAUAUCCUUGAUUAUUUGCUCAACAUUGACUGGACAGCUCCUUCCCAUGAACAAAUUUCACUGAAAAAAUGUCAUGCACUUCAGCAGGCAUUGACAGCAGCUUCCAGUAUGGGACACAGUCAGGUGGUUCGUUACCUCUUUGGGGUUGAAAAGGAACAUGAAAUAGACAUUAAUAACACUGAUGCAUUGUGGGGAGAAACAGCCCUGACAGCUGCUGCAGGAAGAGGGAAAUUGGAAGUAUGCGAGUUACUGCUUGAACAUGGAGCUGUUGUGACAAGAGCCAACAGGAGGGGAAUCCCUCCACUUUUCUGUGCAGUGCGGCAGGGACAUUGGCAGAUUGCUAAACUUCUGUUAGAGCACGGAUCUGAUGUGAAUUUAAGUGACAAGCAAGGCAGGACACCACUUAUGGUGGCUUCUAGCGAAGGACACUUGAGCACUGUGGAAUUUCUGCUUUCCAAAGGUGCAGCCAUUUCAUCCCUGGAUAAAGAGGGGCUGACAGCACUCAGUUGGGCCUGCCUAAAGGGCCAUAGGGGAGUGGUUCAAUAUUUGGUUGAAAAAGGUGCAACAAUAGAUCAGAUGGACAAGAAUGGACGAACACCCUUGGAUCUGGCAGCUUUUUAUGGAGAUUCUGAUAUUGUGCAGUAUUUAGUAGAGAAGGGUGCAGUGAUUGAACACGUAGACUACAGUGGAAUGCGUCCAUUGGACAGAGCAAUUGGAUGUCGAAAUACGUCGGUAGUGGUCACACUACUUAGAAAAGGUGCCAAAUUAGGAAAUGCAGCGUGGGCAAUGGCCACUUCUAAACCUGAUAUUCUGAUUAUUCUACUGCAGAAGUUGAUGGAAGAAGGAAACAUAAUGUACAAAAAAGGGAAGAUGAAAGAAGCAGCUCAGCGAUAUCAGUAUGCCUUAAGGAAGUUUCCUCGGGAAGGGUUUGGAGAAGAAACGAAAGCUUUCAAUGAACUAAGAGUUUCCCUGUAUUUAAACCUGUCACGGUGUCGCAGAAAAACAAAUGACUUUGGCAUGGCAGAAGAGUUUGCUACCAAGGCACUUGAUCUGAAACCCAAAUCCUAUGAAGCCUAUUAUGCUAGAGCAAGAGCCAAGAGAAACAGCAGACAGUUUCUUACAGCUCUUGCUGACCUACGUGAAGCCAUAAAAUUGUGCCCCAGUAAUCAAGAAAUCAAAAGGCUCCUAGCUAGAGUAGAAGAGGAGUGCAAACAGUUUCAGAGAACACAACAACAAAAGCAGCAGUCUCCACAGCCAGCACAGCAGAAUGAUUCUGACAAUGAGGAGGUUCUUAUCCAAGGAGUGAAUGAUCAUUUCAAUCUUGAAGAGAGAAAAGAAGAAUUUCCACACCACGAUGACCCCUUUCCAUCUUCACAGAGGCUGCAGCGUUCCCAGACAGCUUCUCCCUACAGCAGAACCCUUCAAGAAGGCCUUCAGCAGAAAGCCAGACCCAUGUCCCCCCAGAAGAAAAACGGGAGUAAAUAUCUGAGAGAACCAGGGUUGAUCAUGCAGCCUACAAAGCAAGCACAGAUUGUGAAAACUAAUCAGCAUUUGAACUCCAUUCAGCCUGGAUCAAGAACUGGAGCUACGCUGUGUAGUGCAAAGACACAGUCUCCUUUUCAGCAUCUUCCCCCAAAUGCUAUGCCAGCCCGACACCCUGGAAAUCUAACCAAUAAAAGUCAGCAUUUAGAUGGGCCAAACAUUUCAGCAUCUGGAAGCAUUCCUACAGGUUUCAGCUCUGGACUGUACCAUGAAAAGUUAGCAUCCAACCAGUGUCCCCAUUUACAGGAUGGUGAGAGUCUCUCUUCUCACUCUUUCACAAGCAAGGCCAAAACCACUGAUAGGCUUACUGUCCUUGCACUUCCAGUCAGGGAGAAAGCAGCUCCAAUUCAAGGAAUUCAAAUGAAUUGCAGUGAAGCAAGGCAGCAAGGCUCUGUAACUAGUGUCAUCUCUUCUGGCUCUCCAUCUAGCAGCAUGAUCAUUUCCAGCUCAACCAACAGUUUAACUUCAAGCAACAGCUUUUCAGAUAGCGUGAAAGGGUUAGGGCCAGAUGUUCGAAUCAAGGAAAAUAAAGUUAGUCAAGUUCAGAGUGGUACGACUGAACACAGACCUCGGAAUACACCAUUUAUGGGGAUCAUGGAUAAGACAGCAAGGUUCCAGCAGCAGAGUAAUCAAACCAAUCGCACUUGGCAUUGUCAGACGUCUGAAGGGUUACUAACAGAUGCUUUUGGUGGGUUUGUUCAAUCUUCAAACUGUGAGCACUUCUCUGCCAGACAGACAGGUGGAUACAGUAAUCAGACUAAAACUUCCUCUCCUGCUAUUGCCCUGGGAGAAAAUAUCCAAAACGGAAUGCAACCUAAAGAACUUGAGGAGCUCAAGUGCCAAAUGCCUGCCCACUGUCAAGAUACCAGGACAUCUAAAACUGUUCCUCAUUUGUAUCCAGAUGCUAUAUCUGAACAGCAGUCUCAUGUUAAUAAGGAAGGUCAUCUAAGUCCCGUCACUUCUGCAAAACCAAAGCGAUCAUUCAUAGAGUCUAAUGUAUGAAUAUAUCAUUUUAUAUAAUAAUAAACUGGUUGUAAAACUUAGCACAUAACAGCAUAUUGAUUACUUACGUUAAUCACUACUAUAGGGCUGUUUCAUCGUAGAAUAUUGUUUCUCCAUAACAUAUUGAUUAUCUGGCCUCUUUUCUAAUUAUGAGUAAGUUAUCUGUGUUGGCCAGUAUUAUUCAUAGAAAUAUGGGAUACAACCACUUUCUUAAGAAGCUAUACAUACCACCAUGGAACAAGAAUAUUAACUGGAAUGUCAAAUGUAACUAGAAAUGCAUUUACAUGGUUAGCUAAGAUUGUGAAUGCACCAAACUGGGACUUUGAAAGAAGAAAAAUAAUUUACUUUUCAUUAUAUUCCAUCCUUAUUGUAAGACUUGUAACAUUUUCCUCUUAUAUAGGGCUUUAAUCUUGGCUUCUGAUUGUAUUAAAAGUCAUCACUUGCAUAAUAAUUAUAACUAUGCCUCCUUCUAGUAAUGCUUAAUUCCAACAAAGUUAUGAGGGUAAAUACACAGUAUGUAACAUCCAGAUCUGUAAAUGACUGUUUUCAUAUCAAAAAGAUAUAGUAUUUCAUUAGUUUUCUAGAGGGAUUUAAUUGGGAUGCAUGAUGUAAAUUUAGGAACUUUAAGUCACUUGUAUAUGAGUAAACUUUAAGCAGCUAUGUUUUGACAUGUAAAUAUGAUAUUUUUAAUUACUGCAAGAAACCAAGUAAAAUCCAGUAAAUUACAGCAACAGAUUUGCAUGCAUUUUUUUAAAAAGCUUCAACCGUACUGGUUAUUGCACUGAAUAUUAUUAUAUUAUGGCAUGUUAACAGUAUACCAGUAACCGCACUUUAUAUAGUUUACCUAAAACAUCUUUGAGGUGCUACCUUAAUACAAAAUGAUGUAUUGUACAUUCACAAAGAAGAGGUACAGGAAUUAAAUACUUUAUAGAAAAAAUUUUAUAGGAAGCCUGAUGUAUUAUUUUGAGACUAUUAAGAUAAAAAUUUGAGGAAAAGGGUAGAUGUGCAUUUGCUUUGUAGGAUGGGGUUGAAAUUUUUUUUUCCAGAGCUUGGGAGGAAAAAGUUUCUAUAUUUGCAAGAAUGUUUUCAAAAUGAAUAGUUGUAAUGACAUUCCUCUGUGUAAUAAAGGUUUGUUUUGUACAAGUUGGAAUUUUCAACUUUUAUUCCCAUGUACAGUAUGUAUGCACAUUGUAAAACAACCUUACACAUUUUUACAAAUUCCUUAGGAGUUUGCAUUAUUACACCUUAGCUUAUUUAUUGUUUACUGUUUCUUUGAUAUUUGUACAAGUCUUGAUCUCUUCUUCUGUAGUUCUUUUUGCACUGCUACUGUAUUUUUCCUUAUGAAAUAAAGACUAUUAAUAUAGUG